AUGGGGUCGCUGGCUGUGGAGUCCCUCGAACUGGAGGUGCUGCGCGCCCCGGCGUUCGUUAAAACGUGGCUGCGGCUCGUUGAAGCCAUUCAACUCUCGGAGCACGAGAGUGCGGCGGCCAAGGCCAACGCCACGAACGUUGCCUACGAGCGGGCCAUACGGGCGAAUGGAUUUUCGUAUAAACUGUGGGUGAGCUACAUUGCCUAUCGCAGGGACAACACAAGAGAGCUCUCCUCGCUGCAUGAGUGGUUCAGGGCGCUGCGGAACAUUUAUGACCGGGCGGUUGAGAAGUUGCCCAUGAUGCCACUUCUAUGGGUAUCCUUUCUGGAGUUUCUUAUGGACGCACCCGUGCCUCCGCGUCUGACGCUUAUAAGGCACACCAUCAUUCGGGCGCUGAGGGCCCUGCCGGUGACGCAGCAUCAUCGUGUGUGGAAGCUUGCAAAGCGCUGGACAAGGCUGCCUCAUGUGCCUACGGAGACCGCCAAAUACCUGUGGAAGCUAUACCUUUUGUUUGACUCACGUGCUUCGAACCAGCGGGAUUAUUUCCUCAUGUUGUGGGAAAAGGGGAGCACGAGUGAGUUUCUUACGGAGUGUGCGGUGUUCCUUGCGGAUGGCAGUCCACACGAGGAUCUCUUGAGCGACACGACCUUGUGGGAGACAGUCCGCCUGGCCCUUGAGACGAAGGAUCUGCGCUUUUCAGGGGACGUUACAAAAAUUGAAAAGUUGUUGAAUGUGGCGGCAGAGCACUGUGCCUCCCCGGCAGAGUUAAAGAUCUCCCACGCCGUGUUCUUGUCUGGUCACGGAGAUUUUGCAAUGGCACGAGAGGCGCUUUGGGCACUUCUUGAAACUGCCGAUGACGCCACGAUCUUUUCAAGAGUGUUUAGCAUGGCUGUGGCUUUUGAAGAUCAGAUCAUUGACUCCCUUGCGAUGGAUCCAUCCAUUCAGGCUCUCAGUGAUAAGGGAUACCAACAAUUUUUGGAAAAGCUCUGCGGUGACACGCGUGACCCUCUGGCCCACCUGCGUCGCCUCAACCAUCAACACGCACUCCUAUUGAAUCAGGUUCAGCUUAGAGAAAACUUUCGCGACACCACCAUGUGGCUGAAGCGAGUGGAAUUACUGCGAGAAAUGGUUUGUGAUAAUCGAGCCUCUCAUAACGACGUGGUUAUGCUCUACCGACAGGCCAUCGCGCAGUGCACAUCCGGACUAAAACUGGUUGAUGUGGAUGCGGCGCAGUUAUUUGAAUCCUACGCGCGCUAUCUUUGGGAUACGGAUUGCGGGAAAGAGGCCAUUGCUGUUGCAAAGGAGGCCGCAUGGCAUAUUUCCUUUUCCUCGACAAGCAGUAACCUGUUCCUGAUGGGUUUAUUUGUUGAGUUUAUGCUCCUUUCCUCUACUCGAGAGAAUUGUUUGACCGAACUCCUUUCAAAUCUUCAGGCAGUUAACAUAUUCAACGGUAUUCGUUCCAGGGGAAUGGCUAAGGGGGCGGUACUAUCAGAUGUACAAAAGGAUCCUCGUGCGUGGAUGCUAGUUUUAGACGUUGCGUUUUGCGAGUUGCCAGAAACACCAGGGCGAGUUAUCGAGCUGUAUAAUAAAUCUUCUGCGUACUCAGUGGAGAGUGCGUGUUAUUUGGCUGGUCGACUUUGGCAUAGUGGCCGCACGCAUCAGGCGUUUCGUGAGUUUGAGCGGGGUCUAGUGGCUUUCAAAGACGCUCAUUUGGCAAUGUUGUACGCUUUGCAGCAAUACUUGAGCUGUUUAUGCCUUUCUUUUGGGAAGCAGUUGCCGCUUCACCGCCUCCGUGAGCUUACACGGCUGGGUUUUGAAGUGGUUCCGUUCACUCUGCGUUCAUGUCCGGUGGCCUCGGUGGAGUUUCUUCUCAAUUGCGCUGCUCUGGAGUCUCGUUUAGGACUUUCGGGCACCGCCGUGAAGGUUGCUCAAGACUGCCUGGAUGUGGCACAAGGAAAUUAUGGCAAUGCAGAGAAUUUUUUGCUUUGUCUUGUAGAUACCGUUCUGGACGUCACCCUCACAUUGCAGGGGAGUCAAAUGCUCCGUGAGUACUGUGCCAAGCUUCUGGAACGGCCUCAUCUGAGCUCUUCAUUUAUUCAGCGGGUGGCGCUCUGGUGGGCAGCCGUGGAGAAACGCACGGGCAACUUGGAAAGGGCUCACAUGGUAAUGGAGGCAUGCUGCAAAUCCCAGGACCCCAACAGUGUCCACGGUUGCGUCUUCUGGACGCUAUGGGAAUCUAUUUGUACCGCCGUGAGUCAGUUUGAGGGGGUGCAUAAAAGAAAACAGCAGGUUGCCCUGCAGUAUGCAGGUGACUUGGCCCCAUCUGCAGAGGCUUCGGUGGCGCCCAAAGCGACGCAAGGAUUGGCAUGA